GCUCCACGUGUCCACUAUUUCACUACUGCUAUACACGCUUUCUCCCAGCAGCAGUAACCAGUUUGCGCAAGAAAUUUUUGUCAAAAACAAAAUUAUUUAGUAGUAGAAUCACCAAUUUCGGAACAGAGGAGUAUUUUUAAAAUCAUUCGUAAAAGUUUUGCUGGGGAGAUUGUCCUUUGUAGAGGAAGGGUUUGGCUUGGCUUGGCUGCGCAAGAAAAUUAAAGUACGGGAAAUCCAUAAUCAUUAGACCAGAUCAGUUGGGAAAUUAUUUGUUGUUAUUGCACAACGUAACUGCGCCGUGCCUAAAGUUAACCUUGAAAGGACAGUGACGGGGAAGGAGUAGUAGUUUAUUUUUUGAUUGGAAGAAGACAAGAAGGGGUCAUCAUGUCGGAUUCAUCGUCAGAUGCGGAUCGUAAUGUGGAGAUGUGGAAGAUUAAGAAGCUUAUUAAAAGCUUGGAACAGGCUAGAGGGAACGGGACAAGCAUGAUUUCUCUCAUUAUUCCACCAAAGGACCAGAUUUCUAGAGUAAGUAAGAUGUUAGCCGAUGAGUUUGGAACAGCGUCCAAUAUUAAGUCACGGGUCAACAGGCUUUCUGUCCUUGGCGCUAUCACCUCGGUCCAACAAAAGCUCAAAUUAUACACCAAAGUUAACCCCAACGGGCUUGUGAUUUACUGCGGCACAAUCGUCACAGAUGAAGGAAAAGAGAAAAAAGUUAACAUUGAUUUCGAACCGUUUAAACCAAUUAACACCUCGUUGUACCUCUGCGACAACAAAUUUCACACCGAAGCUCUGACCGCUCUGCUUGCUGACGAUAACAAGUUUGGGUUUAUUAUUAUGGAUGGUAAUGGUGCCCUAUUUGGAACUUUGCAAGGCAAUACUAGAGAAGUUUUACACAAGUUCACUGUCGACCUCCCGAAAAAACACGGUCGUGGUGGUCAAUCUGCUCUUCGAUUUGCCCGUUUGAGGAUGGAAAAGCGACACAACUAUGUACGAAAAGUGGCGGAAGUAGCAACCCAGUUGUUUAUUACUAAUGAUAAGCCCAACAUAUCUGGCCUUGUUUUGGCUGGUUCUGCAGAUUUUAAAACCGAGUUGAGUCAGUCGGACAUGUUUGAUCAGCGAUUGCAAGCCAAAAUCAUCAAGUUAGUUGACGUGUCUUACGGCGGAGAGAAUGGCUUCAAUCAGGCCAUUGAACUGGCUGCAGAGUCCUUACAAAAUGUUAAAUUUAUUCAAGAAAAGAAAUUAAUUGGACGUUAUUUCGACGAAAUCAGUCAGGACACCGGAAAAUACUGUUUUGGAGUGGAAGACACGCUGAAGGCCCUAGAGUUGGGAGCAGUAGAAACAUUGAUCUGUUGGGAAAAUUUGGAUAUCCAAAGAUACGUAUUGAAAAACCAUGCAAGCGCAGUUGAAAAUAUUCUACACCUUACUCCAGAACAAGAAAAAGAUAAGUCCCAUUUUUCAGAUAAAGAGACGGGGGUGGAGCUGGAACUCGUAGAAUGUACACCAUUUUUAGAAUGGAUAGCCAAUAAUUACAAAACUUUCGGAGCUACUUUAGAAAUUAUAACGGACAAGUCUCAGGAGGGGUCUCAAUUUGUUAGAGGAUUUGGAGGCAUUGGAGGAUUGUUGCGCUACAAAGUUGAUUUACAAAGCCUUCAGUUUGACGAGUUAGAUGCAGAUUUUGAUUAUGACGACUACUAAAAAAACUGCCAACUCGACGGACUACACCGACCGACGCAGUGUUGUGAUGAAAACUCUCACUUUCUUCUACGUUUCCGUUUAAGUCAAAUUUAAUUAAAUUUGUUAAUGGUAAACUUGUUAAAACUCUAUAAUAUGGAAACUUUCAUGUGAACCCCACUUCCGAAUCAGUAUGAAAAGAUUAGUUCAUUUUGUAAUGUGAAUCUUUUACAUUUGAAACAACUUUAAUACAUGCAGAACGAUUGCAUAAUUUUUUACUCCCCUGCUUAAAAGUAUGAGUUCCAUGUGCAAAAGUUCUACACGCUCUGAAACAAUAAAAACGUUAUCCAAAUCUGGAA